AUGGCGGCGCCCGGAGGCGGCGAGGUGGUGUGGAACCGGUGGGAUGUGCCUUGGCCUGCUUGCAAUUCCGCCGAAGUCGUGCCGGCUGAACAUGCUUCAGUGAGAUGCCUUUCAGCUGUUCUGAAGAAGUGUGGGUCUGUUGGCAGCAUGUUAAAGAGCAAAGAGCUGGUUGCAGAACAGAGCCUUCUGCAUUCAAUCAUUUAUAAUUACCAUUAUCAGAUGAUUCAUCAAAAGACAUAUGGGAGUCUUAAACAGGUAGAACAAUGCUUGAAACGUUUAAAUUUAAUGAAUCUGGAAAAGUCGAUUCAAAAAAUUGCUCAGAUGGGCCUCAUAAAACAGAGAUCUGAAAAUUCUGCGGAGUCCUUGGUCCCCAGCCAACCUGUAAUAGAAGUUGUUCUGGUGAAGAUACUGGGUAGUUGCAAGCUUAUACUACGUUUACUCGAAUGUUGUUGUACGGCAUUUAGUUUAAUUGUUAAACAUCUAUGUUUGGAAGAGUAUAUAUUGUUCAACACUUUGAUUCUGGGGUUGCUGAGUCGGUUAUGGAUUCUUUAUAGAGCUACAUUAAAAAAACUUAGUAUGUUAUAUAAGGAUCUCUUUGAAUUGCUUCAAGAAGUAGCAAAAAUGCACCAAAGGCCAUAUAUUAAAGGAUUUGUCUUUCCUUCUGAAAUAAACGUUUUUCUGAAAACCAGUUAUUUAGAGAUUAAGAAGAAAAUGCCUAAAACAUUUAUAGAAAGGAAAACUGGCAGUGGAUGGAUAAAUAUAUUGUUUUCGGAACAUAAGACUGUAUCCCAGUCUCAGAAGCUGAAUGUAGCUCUUCCUGCAACAGUCAGGAAAAAUAAGAAAAGGAGGAAAGGUACCCAAAAUAUUUCUGAUAUUGGAAAACCAGUUUUGGUCAACAGACCUAAUCAAGAUCUUGCAGAGAAGUUGGAGUUUGAUCUGAAGACAUUAUGCAAAUAUCCUAAUCCUGUGUCACAGGAG